AAAAGUAACGGGAUAUAACGUCUGGUUUUCCUGCUUCAGCAAGUGAUGACGUGUCAUCAGAGGGUUGAGAGGUGAGGAUCUCAGCUGGACUAUUAUGAUUGUUCCCGCACCAUUGUAAAGCUCAGGCCGGUCGUAUCAUGCACCGUUGUAAAACUCAGGCCAGUCGUAUUCUGCACCGUUGUAAAGCUCAGGCCAGUCGUUUCCUGCAACGUUGUAAAACUCAGGCCAGUCGUAUAUAAAUACAGAACACAAUUAUUAUUUGCGUAAAUCCAUUUUUUGUUGGCGACUUUGUGGAUUGAAAAGGCAACUGAAGGCAACGUUGUAUAUAAUCGUAAAUAUGUAAUCACGAAGUAUGUGUGUGUGUGUGGAGCAUCAUGUAUGAAGAAUGUUUAUAAGCAACAUUCUAUUUAAUGAAAUAUGAAAUAAGAGUUAAAUUAAAACUGUACAGAAAUAAAAUCGCAAUAACACAUUAAUAUUUACUGAAAGAAUCGAGUUGAAAAAAUGAAAGAAAUUUCGGGCGACAUAAAUUGUACUAAGUUGUUGGUGACGUGCUGUUUGCUUCUGAAAUCGGUGCUGGGGAUGAGUGCAAGGACCUACGCAACUCAAGCAGCUUCGCUACCUCACACUGGCACAACCUCAUUCCACUUUGAAAUAUCUAUGAACAACAAAACAAUAGACAAUGCGUACUACAAUGGUCGUCGUUUAGCUAGCGUCGGCGGGGCUCAGGGACGCGACUUCGAGAAACCCCAAAGUUCUCUUGGACGCUUCAAGGGGCCUGACGAUGGCCUUCAGAAAGCUAGCAAGAGUUGGGUUCGCCGCCUGCAGCGGCUCUUAACACAGCCCACCACCACCUGCGGGAGGCUGGUGAGGGUGGGUGGACGUUCCUGCGUCGGUGCCUACGACGGAUCUAAGCUCGUGUGUCUGGAUGCUGAUGUUAAACUCCGCCCACUCCACUGCCUCAUUUACUCCUUUGGGGUUGGCAACGACUUCACCUUCGACGAACACAUGCAGGACUUUGGGUGCGAGGUUCACGCCUUCGACCACGACGACCACCAUGAAAUCUACGAUUUCCGGCUCGGUCCCUCAGCCUUUUUCCACAAAUCGAGGAUCGGUGUCAGAAGUGGCUACUUUAGGUUCUGCGAGAACACCGCCAAUGGUCGCCGCUGUGAGCCCGCUGUUCGCUAUCAAACUAUGUCCGACAUACAGAGAAGCCUGGGACACGACGGGCGUCAGGUGGAUUACAUGAAGCUGGACAUCGAAGGCGAGGAGUGGGGAGUGCUGCAACAUGUCCUCGACAACACCAAUGUUCUCGACUCCGUAUCACAGCUCUCCCUCGAGAUCCACUUGGACGACUUACGUCAGCAGAAGCCAGAGACUCAACGAGCCACUAUUGCCUCCUACGUCAAAGUCCUACAAGGUCUGGCUUCCUUGGGGUUUCAGCUGGUCAGCUACGAGGAGAAUGAACUGAACCCCCGAUACGAAAUGGUUGAUGGGGUGGAGCUCAGUCUCUACGCUGAGGUUUUGUAUUUACGAAGAAAGUUUACUGUUCGUAAACUGUUAAUAGGUGCCUAAAUUAUUAUCUAAAAAUAUAGUCAUAGCAUAAAAUUUUAAAGCAAAUUACUGCAUCUAUUUUUUUAGAAAUUGAUGGGAGAGGACACUGUGAUAAUGCUAUAUUAAAGCCAGCCUAGCUGGGUGUUUAUAUACGUUAGCCUGAUAUCGAGGGCCUGGAACUAUUGACCCUCCUCAGGAUGCAAUCCCACAAAAGUUGCCUAUCUCCCGGGUACCUAUUUACCGGUAGAUGAACAGAGGCAAUAGGUGAAAAGGAAACGUGCCCAUCAAUUUCUGUCUCGCCCAGGAUUCAAAUCUGGGAUUCCCUAUUGGGAAUCGAGAACGAAUGCAUAAUUAAACGGUUGCUAUGUCAAUGCGCAUGGGAAAAAAUGGCAAGCACUAUUUGUAACAAUUUCUAAUAUAGGCUACACUGAUAUAGGAUGAUGUAGGCUAUUUGUUUGUAAUAGCAGGCCACCUAGUAUAGCUAACAUGUGGAAUAAUAUAUACAUGUAUAUUCUUUGUAUGUUUUUCUAAGCAUAUUUGAGGGAUAUCUGUAACAUAAAUAAUGAUACAAGCAUUUAUAAUAUAUUUUUUAUUGUGCAAAAAUAUAUUAUUGUACCAUACAUUUAGAUGACAAAGAAAACAAUGAUUAUGUUAUAAACGUUCACAACAAUUGUAUGGACUCAUACCUAGAAACUCAUACUGGAAACCGUAGUCUUUAUGUAACUUGACAAAGAACUUGACCACAAUUGCAUAACCUACAACCCAACUGUUAUUGAUUUAUCAAAACUUAAGACAAAAAAUUCCCUUCUCAUAUACAGAGGUUUCGUGGUUACCCUGUUAACUCUGCUGCUCCUAACCUCUGCCGAAGGAAUAUAUAUAUAUA